GUGUGUGAAAUCAGCCAUUCUGCUAGAAUGAGGAACCUGUGUGCUCUGCUGUUUGUGCUGCUGCUCUGUUCUCUCCAGCUGGUCUCUAGUGCUCCCCAUAGACAUACCCCUGACUGCUGUACCAGUGUGAGUGAUGUGAAGAUCCCUCUGAAGAAGGUGGUGUCCUACACACAUACAGACACUAACUGUGCCACUAAAGCCAUUAUAUUUAAAACUGUAGCAGGAAAACAGUUCUGUGUGAAUCCAGAUGCUGUGUGGGUCAGCAGCCAUGUUGUCGCUGUGGACACUCGCCACAAUACCACAGUUAUGAUUACAACUACAACUCCCACAAUGCUCUCUGUUAAAAAAAAAAAUCUUACGCUAUUAAGUCAAUACCACACUGAAGCAAACUGAUAUGUUUUUGUGCAGUUUUUUUUUUACCAUUCAAUUAUUGCCACAAUACUCUCUGUCUGAAAACAAAAACCUGAACUUAUUGUCUUUGAAAAUCCAUACUAGUUUGGAUAUAGAUUGAAAAACUGAUUGGUCUUUUUAUG